AUGAGCAACUCGACUGCUGCCAUCACGACUCCGGCGUCGUCGUCGACCUUUCUUUCAAGCUCCGCCGAAGCGCCAUCGUCUACCCAAAAUGUCGUCCAAUCGUCCGUCUCGUCCGCCAUCGCUUCGUCAGUCUCGAGCGAGGUCUUCUCUUCGUCGCAAAUGGGAAGCACUGUGACGGUGGAACCGUCUUCGACCAACGUAGUCACUUCGAUCGUGUCAGCCUCUUCACAGCCCCCUUCGACCCAGCUCAUCACGUCGGUUGUGACCGAAAGCGCCUCAGGCCGCUCAACCAACGCUCCCAUCACUGUCGUCGUCACCUCUGUAUACACACCCUCAACCACGACUGCUGGCAGAGGCUCCUCUGCCUCCUCUUCAGCUACCGCCACCUCUUCAUCAGCCGGUGCUCUAGCCAACGGCAGUUCCAACAAAGGAUCGAACAACAGUGGCGGCCUUAGCACUGGAGGAAAGACUGCAAUCGCUGUCGUGGUCCCUGUCGUAGUUGUCGCGCUUCUGGUACUCGCUGGACUGUUCUUCUGGAGAAAGCGCAAGCAAAGAAACAACGCAAAGGAGGAGCGCCGAAAGGAAGUCGAGGAGUACGGCUACAAUCCUAACAACGACCCCACCUUGCCUGUCGUCGCUGCUGACGGAUCUGAGAUGGCCGAGGACGGCACCGGUGGUUACCGUGGCUGGGGCAACACUGGUAUGUCAAACCGCAAGGCUUCAACCACCAUUUCUGGUGGUCUCACUGCUGGUCAAUUGAGCGAUACUGGAAGUCAACCUGGCGGAUUUGCGCCUGGCAGCCCGACCGGCAACAACUUCUCGGAUGGCCACAGCGGCGAUACUCUUAUGAACCAACGCGAGACCUUCAGUAGCGAUGAUCUGGGUGCACUCGGCGCAGCGCCCGUUGCUGGUGCACACCGCAACAACAACGACAUUCGCCGUGGCCCUUCCAAUGCUUCUUCGUCUUACUCGGCCGGAAACCACAGUGAACGCUCGGAUGCAUCCGCCGGCGUGGGCCAAGCUGGACAAGCCUACUCGCCUACAGAGAUGUACGGCGGCAGUCAUGGUGGCUUCGGACAGCAUGGGCCCUAUGGCGACGGCUCUUACGGCGGCGGUGACAGUGGUAUGCCGAUUGUUCGCGAUGUGAGCGCUAGAAGAAAUACACGCAUCGAGGCUGGCGGCAACUACCAGUCAGGAAACAGCGGUAUCGCGCAGAAUUUCUAA